GGUUGUCCGAGCGUGCCACAUGCGACGAUAGGGCCUCGUCUGCAAUUCUUAUUCGAUAAUUAAUUCACCCUUAUUGGCAUCCUUUCAUUUUCUUGGUGUGGACUGUGGAGAGCCUGCCAACAACCAAAUAGUAGUAUGGUUGAACAUACACUUAUUUGGUGAUAUUCUGCUCCCGUCGGCUGCUCUGUUCCACCUAACAAUUAUUCUCCUCAACCUCCAACCUCCUACCUCAACCUCCCACCUCCUGUGCUCUCUCAUCACUGCUGUCUCGCCAUCAAUGAUCGUUGAAUAUUAUUAAUGCGUCUGCCAUUGCUCGACGUUUGAAUUGACAGAACAUUGCACACAGCAGUGCUCUGCGGAGCACUGUACCGAUAGGCUGUAGCUCACCAUGAAAGCUACGCCACUGUUGAUCGCCUGGCACAACGACAACGCCCCCAUUUACUCAGUACACUUUGAUCCACAUGGCAAGGGUCGAUUGGCGACUGCCGGAAAUGACAAUAAUGUUCGACUUUGGAAAGUCGAGGGGUCGGGGGAGGAGCGCAAGAUCACGUAUUUGAGUACGAUGGUGAAGCAUACGCAGGCUGUGAAUGUGGUUCGAUUCUCGCCGAAAGGUGAGAUGCUGGCAUCUGCAGGAGACGAUGGAAACGUGCUGCUAUGGGUACCGUCGGGCCCGUCGGAGUUGGGGAUGACCGCGAUGGGAGAGGAUCACGCUGACGAUAAAGAGAGUUGGCGAGUCAAGCAUAUGUGUCGGUCAUCUGGAGCGGAGAUUUAUGACCUGGCCUGGUCUCCAGACGGCGUUUUUAUAAUCACCGGCAGCAUGGAUAACGUCGCUCGUAUUUACAAUGCUCAAACUGGACAAAUGGUUCGACAGAUCGCGGAACACUCGCACUACGUUCAAGGCGUUGCUUGGGACCCCCUCAACGAAUUCAUCGCUACACAGUCCUCAGACCGAUCCGUUCAUAUCUACAGCCUGAAGACAAAGGAUGGCCAGUUUUCUUUAACUACACACGGGAAAUUCUUGAAGAUGGAUCUGCCUGCGAGGAGGAUACCCGCGAGUAGUCCUGCUCCAGAAAACAAGCCCCAACCGCCCAGCGCCAUGGCAAUUGCCUCGCCGUCGCCGUCUACUCCUGGCACGCCAAAGACGAUGACCCUGCCGAUGGACCCUCCACCAGUAUCCCACAGUCGCCGCUCGUCUUUUGGGUCAUCUCCUUCUAUCCGUCGAUCCGCCUCUCCCGCUCCGUCUUUGCCAUUACCUGCAGUGAAGCCUAUGGAGGUUUCAUCGCCGAGUUUAUUCGGGGGCCUAGUGGUCAGGAAUUCAAAUCUCUACGCCAACGAAUCCUUCACCUCGUUUUUCCGUCGGUUGACGUUUACGCCGGAUGGAAGUCUGUUAUUGACGCCUGCAGGGCAAUACAAAACGACCCAGUCGUCUACUAGCGACCCAACAAAAUCUGGCGAGGACGUUACGAACACAGUGUAUAUUUACACCCGUGCUGGCUUCAGUAAACCCCCGAUUGCGCAUUUGCCAGGACACAAGAAGCCGUCUGUAGCCGUGAGGUGUUCCCCGAUUUUCUACACUCUCAGACAGGGCUCCCGACCUACACACCAACUCACCAUCGACACGUCUUCUGGCGACGAGUCGUUUCCGGCGUUGCCAGAUCCUGUCGUCGGCGGCAGCGUCACCAGCCAUCCGUCAAUGGAACCCCCUCCUACAGCUGCAGCGGAUGCGUCGAAGCCGCUUUCUUCUCCAAAGACCGAAACUGAUACACCGUCAAGUGCUGCGUUUGCACUGCCAUAUCGACUCGUCUAUGCAGUUGCUACCCAAGACGCAGUUCUCAUUUAUGAUACACAGCAACAAACGCCGCUUUGCGUGGUGAGCAAUCUACAUUAUGCAACCUUUACUGAUCUGACUUGGUCGUCGGAUGGAUUAACGCUGGUUAUGAGCUCGUCGGAUGGCUUUUGCUCAACUCUCUCAUUCGCACCCGACGAACUGGGCCAGCCCUAUGUCCCUCCUGUACCGACCUCCCACCAUGCCACUCACUCAGCAAGCUCGUCAUCAAAUAACACGCCAUUGCCGACGCCGACGCCUUCUCUAUCAAAAUCGAAAACCAACAGCAACAACAAUAAUGUAAUCAACAACCCCACGCCAAGCCUCAGCUCCGUCCCUCUCGUCACAGCAACAAACUCAUCGCAACCGCUCCCUCUGACCACACCCCCGCAAACCCCCAUGCCGGGUAUCUCCCACAGCGCAACCAGCUCAUUCAGCAGCACGGUGCUAGGUAAACGGGACAUCGGCACAGCCAGCGAGUCUGAAAGAGAAGAACCUAGCGUGAAUGUCAACACUGGACAGAAACAUGUCCGUGAAAAUGUGACUGAGCUCGAGAAACCGCCUAAAAAAAGGCGGAUUGCGCCGACGUUGAUUGCACAGGAUUCAGCGUCGAUACAAACGCAGAGUACGAGACAAACAGAGAGUGAGAAGGAGAAGGAGAAAUGAAUAGUUAUGUUAGUUUAUGUUAUGGGGGUAUUGGACAGCAUGGUUGGAUAGGCGUUGGAUAUGCUUUCGUUUAUUAUGUGGACGGUCAACAAUUGUCGUAUUCGGAGCAUA